AUGGGCAAAAUGAGAACUUCCUGCCGAUUAAUUCUGCCAGUGAACACUUUGUUGGCAAGGUCCUCAGAAAAAAUCAAGGACUUGUUUCCAGAUGGCUCUCUUAGCAGCUCUACCAAGCUAGUCCUGGUGAACAUAGUUCAUUUUAAAGGGCAGUGGGACAGGGAGUUUCAGAAAGAAAGUACCAAGGAGGAGGAAUUUUGGCUGAAUAAGAGCACAAGCAAAUCCGUGCAGAUGAUGACACAGAGCCAUUCCUUUAGCUUCACUUUCCUGGAGGACUUGCAGGCCAAAAUUCUGGGGAUUCCAUAUAAAAACAAUGACCUUAGUAUGUUUGUGCUUCUGCCCAAUGACAUAGAUGGUCUGGAGAAGAUUAUUGAUAAAAUAUCUCCUGAGAAAUUAGUAGAGUGGACUAAUCCAGGGCAUAUGGAAGAACGAAAUGUGAAUUUGCGCUUGCCCCGGUUUGAAGUGGAGGACAGUUACGAUCUUGAGGUGGUCCUGGUAGCCAUGGGGAUGGCAGAUUCCUUCAAGGAGUACAAAGCCGACAAUGCAGAAAUGUCCUCGCCUUCCGGGUUGCAUGCCCAGAAUUUCCUACACAGGUCCUUCAUAGUGGUCUCUGAAGAAGGCGUUGAGGUUACAGCUGCCACCGGCAUGGGCUUUCAUGUCACAUCAGUCCCAGAAUAUGAAGACGUCCACUGUAAUCAUCCCUUUCUGUUCUUUAUCAGGCACAAUGAAUCCAACAGCAUUCUUUUCUUUGGCAGAUUUUCUUCUCCUUAAGACAAU